AUGAUCUCCAGGAUCGGCCUCGCCUUCAUCUACUCUCUAUGGUCUACAGUAUGUGUCGCAUCAUCUCAAAAUGACACAAAGCCAGUUUCAAGCGAGUUAUUCAACUCCCUCGAAGAACUCUCUAGACUUGUAGACAUCGCCUACUGUGUGAGUACAACCGGUGUCCAAGAGCCAUUCCAGUGUCUAAGCCACUGCGCCGAAUUUCCAGAAAUGGAAUUAAUCGAUACAUGGAAUACUGGCAUUUUCCUGUCCGACUCAUGCGGAUACAUUGCUGUUUCACACACACCCGGUGCAGAGCGCAUUAUAGUUGCCUUCCGUGGAACGUAUUCAAUAACCAACACUAUUAUCGAUCUCUCUGCAUACCCACAGGCCUACGUACCAUACACAGGCGAAGACGGCUCCAAGCCAUGUGAGAACUGCACAGUCCACGCCGGAUUUAUGACAUCAUGGGUGAACACCCGCGCCGCAAUCCUGCCCUACUUACUCUCACUCCGCGAACAAUAUCCAGACUAUGAAGUCUCCCUAGUAGGGCAUUCGCUUGGAGGGGCUGUAGCAGCGCUGGCGGGAUUAGAGAUGAGGCUGGCGGGGUGGGAUCCCCUCGUCACGACAUUCGGGGAGCCGAUGAUUGGAAGCGAGGAGUUCAUGAAAUUCCUAGAUGAGGCGUUCCUUUUGGAAAGUUCGAGCUCGUCCAAUCUAGAUAUGGAUCUCCAAACACUCCGAUUCCGUCGCGUGACUCAUGUAAAUGAUCCGGUGCCUCUUCUCCCACUGCGCGAAUGGGGGUAUGCACCUCAUGCUGGUGAAAUAUUUAUCGCCAAGUCAGAUCUUUCACCUUCCCGUGAAGAUGUUCGAGUAUGUAUUGGUGAUGAAGAUCCGCGAUGUAUUGCCGGUGCAGAGACUACUACGUCUCUACUAGAUAUGUACCGGGAUGUCAACAUCCCAGCCAACAUAUUUAGUCCCUGGAAGGACCCCUGUCCGUCAUAUACGGACCAAAUGAGACCGGAGUCUGGACCGCAAGUUGUUAUCGGAGAACAAAGACGGAGAGGCCGGGGUGGACCUGCGAACUGUGCUUCGAAGGAUGCUCAAACGCCCCUUUACCCACUUAAUUGGGACUGGUCUCUCAUCCCGGCCCGGUAUCGUCUUUGGGAACUUUUCCAUUCCCACCGGGAUUACUUCUGGCGUAUUGGGUUAUGUGUCCCGGGUGGAGAUCCGUCUGGAUGGUUAUGA